UGUUGUCAUGGAGGAGCAAAGAUGGCGGGCUUGGCCUAUAGCCUAGGCAAACGUGAAAUAAAUCAGUAUUUUACGAUAAAAAACGCUAAAUUCAUAUCACUAGCCAUCGUCGUCUUGCUCCUUGUGUUCCACACAGCUUUGCGGUAUUAUGGAGGCGGAGACACAUGUGAUUGGCUGCUGUCCAGUGGACGUUACUUGGGGGAGAACGUAUGGCAGCCGUAUGGCUGCAUGAUGCACAAAUACAAAAGCACUGAAGCGAAGACCUGCCUUGCUGAAAAGAGGGUGGCCUUUGUCGGGGACUCCAGAAUCAGGCAGCUAUUCUAUUCCUUUAUCAAGAUUAUCGAGCCAGAACGAAGGGAGGAUGGAAACAAGCAUGAGGACAUUCCUUUUGAAGAUGAGAGCUCCCAGGUUACUGUGAACUUUCUGUGGUAUCCAGAGGCAAAUAACUCCAUGAAGGAACGCCUGAUAUCAUGGACAAAGGAGUUGUCAGCAAAACCGGACAUUGUUGUCCUGGGAGCUGCUACAUGGUCCAUCAAGUUGCACAGUGGUAGCAGCGAGACACUUCAGCAGUACAAAGUCAACCUGACAGCCAUGUCAACCCCUCUUGAGAUGCUAGCAGAGGACGGAGAGGUCUACUGGGUUCUACAAGACCCUGUAAAUGAAGAGCUGCUGAGUGAAAAUAGAAAGAGGAUCACCAACCAGCAGCUGGAAAUGUACAAUGAGGCAGCGGUGGAUGCACUCAACAGCAGCAAGCGGCAUGCCAGGGCCCGUGUGAAACUGUUGGCCGCCUCGCGCCAGGCUGCCAUGGAAACUAUCGCCAAAUCACCCGAUGGCUUGCACCUGCCUGAGAGCACCAGGAAUGUGGGAGCCAUGGUCCUCAUGAACUCUGUUUGUAACAAGUAUCUGAGGCCCAUAGAUGGUUCCUGCUGCCAGAAGGUGCCGCUACCAAAUCUCCUCCAGAAACUGUCUGCAUGCAUCUUCCUGGGCUCUGCUUUGGUCUUUCUGGUCCUCCACAUUCUUGGCUGGAACCACCGCCGCCCCAUGCCCCCUGACGUGGAAAGCCUUGAGGAGAAGAAGCCAGCAACAGCAGCCUCCCCCCUGGGACCCAAGGCACCCUUCCAGGCGCUGUGCCGCAUGGGGGUCAUCAUGGCCUAUUUUUAUCUAUGUGACAGAGCUGACGUGUUUAUGAAGGAGCAGAAGUUCUACACACACUCCACCUUUUUCAUCCCACUCAUCUACAUAUUUGUACUGGGUGUGUUCUACAGUGAGAACAGCAAAGAGACCAAGUUACUUAAUCGAGAACAGACAGAUGAGUGGAAAGGCUGGAUGCAGCUGGUCAUCCUCAUCUAUCACAUAUCUGGAGCCAGUGCAUUCAUUCCAGUGUACAUGCAUGUGCGUGUGCUGGUGGCAGCAUAUCUAUUCCAGACCGGCUAUGGACACUUCUCAUUUUUCUGGCUCAAAGGCGACUUUGGACUGUAUCGUGUUUGUCAGGUGCUGUUCCGUCUGAAUUUCCUCGUCUUUGUAUUGUGUAUGGUAAUGGACAGACCCUACCAGUUCUACUACUUUGUCCCCUUGGUCACCUUCUGGUUUGUCAUUAUCUAUGCCACGCUAGCCAUGUGGCCGCAGAUCCUCCAGAAGAAGGCCAACAGUGGGUGUACUGGCAUGUGGCAUCUGGGCAUCCUAGCCAAGUUACUGGGGCUGCUCCUGUGUAUCUGCUUCUUUGCCCAUUCCCAGGGUUUCUUUGAGAACAUUUUCUCUGUGUGGCCCAUCUCCAAGCUCUUUGAACUGAAUGGAAGCAUCCAUGAGUGGUGGUUCAGAUGGAGGCUGGACAGAUUUGUAAUGAUCCACGGGAUGCUGUUUGCUCUCAUCUACCUGGUGCUUCAGAAGUGCCAGGUAUUGUCAGAGGGCAAAGGAGAAACUCUCUUCUCCACAAAGAUUUCAAAUCUGCUGCUCUUCCUAUCUGCCAUCUCCUUCAUGGCCUACUCCUUAUGGGCCAGCAGCUGCAAAAACAAAACGGAAUGCAACGAGAUGCAUCCCUACAUCUCUGUGGUCCAGAUAUUGGCCUUCAUUCUAAUCAGGAACAUUCCCGGCUAUGCCCGAUCUUUGUACAGUUCAUUUUUUGCAUGGUUUGGAAAGAUCUCCUUAGAGCUGUUCAUCUGCCAGUAUCACAUCUGGCUGGCGGCUGACACUAAGGGUAUCUUGGUACUGAUCCCUGGGAUCCCGUCACUCAACAUCCUGGUCAGCACUUUCAUCUUUGUCUGUGUGGCGCACGAGAUCUCCCUCAUCACCAAUGACCUGGCCCACGUUGUCAUCCCCAAAGACAGCACAGCCCUGCUGAAGAGACUUGGGGCCAUGGGGCUGUUCAGUUUGCUGGUACUACUGCUGACCAGGCACAGCCAGCCCACACCUGGUGCCUGAAAGGGGUCCCCUGGACUGGGGUAGAGCAGACUGGCCAAGCCCCUGUUGAGAAUAAAAUGGAGGGGCAAGUCCAAGCCAAGAGCAGUCCCAUCCUUUUCUCUUUGGGACUAUAGGAAGCCACAGCAGGUGGUCUCAUUUAUUGUUUGAUGACCAUACUGUCGGCCAUGUUUGCGUCGAGUCUGUAGACUCUUGACUACUGUGAUGAAAAGUCAAUACACUGAAGAGCCAGUACCUGCCCAAAACGUGUGAUCGUUCCUAUAGGAGCGAACAUUUCAAAUGUUUACAGACGGCAGAUGUGAUGGAAGGUGGGAAGGUAGCAUUGGAUGUGUGGAUUUUUAAAGGAAAAAAAAAGAAAAAGAAAAAAG